AUGGGAUCAUCACUAAGAAUAAUUGUACAGUAAAUUUUUCGAGUUUAUAGAAUCAAGGUUCAACGAAGUUUGUAAAAGUAAUUGAAUUUUUUUUAAGAUAAGACUAUUACAAAGGAGAACAAAGUCUGUAAAUAUCUUUAGAGAAUUGAUUUUCCACAGAUUAUCUGUACUAUUCGUGAUAAUUACCUUAAUCCUUUAACCAUAACUUUUAUUUAGGGUUUUUUUAUUACAAAAUAUUUUAAAUGGAAUGGAUACUAUGUUGUGUCCUAUAUCAUAUUAAUUCUUAAUUUAAUAUUUCUAAUCUUCAUAAUUAGUAGCAGUUAUGAUGAUAUUACUAAAGAAUUAUUAGUUUAAACUAUAGUUCACCCUAUUGUAUAGUUUUUCUCAUUUGCAGUGUUUUAGUCAAAAGUAACUAAUGGUGUAUCAAUUGCGAAAUAAGCAUUCUAUGUUUUUUUAUAAGGUUAAUUUAACUAUUUUUAAGAUUUGGGAUAUCAUAAUGAUUGAAGUAUAUUUAGAUGUAAAGAAAUUUUUGCUGAUUAAAUUAGAAGAGAGUUUAGUGCUGUAGGAUACUUAAUAUUCAAAAAUUAUGGCAAGAGUAGACUUCAUAUUCAGUUUUUAUCGUAUAAGGCUGUUGAAAUUGAUCUUAAAAAUAUUAUGCAAAUAAAAAACUGACCAUUUUAUUAAGCUGGUAUGUGGGUAACAGAUGUUUAAGAAGCUCUGA